AUGGAUGUGGAUGAGUCCUCCAAGUCCCGUAUGUCCCUUGAUGCAUUAGAUGAUAUAUACCUUGGGCCGGAUGAUGAGUUAGACUCUAAUUCUGGGUCAUCCGGUGGUUCGGAUGCAUUGAAUGUGAUUCCCGAUCCAUCAUAUCUGGCCCUGGCUGAUGGACUCGCCUUGUAUGACAACCCGGACUUGUAUCUUGGUCCAGAGGAUACCUUGAUUGAGUCUGAUGAUGCUCCGGCUGUACCUGAUUUACCAAUGACUGUGAAUGAAUCGACUCCCGAACCUCAUCCGGCCAGUCCGGCCAGUCCGGCUGUACCAGAGGCACCCAUACCUUCGAAUUCAGCAACUCCCAAAUGUCAAUUGCCUGAGCCGGCACUCAACAAUGAAGAACUGCGUGCCAUGGUUUGGGAGUUCAUGCCAAUCGGAUCUUAUGAUCAAACCAAAAAUCACCUGGGUGAUUACCAACAGCGUCAUGGAAAUCUUCCUGACCCUACAGUAGCACAACUUCUUGAGGCUGACAGACCAUUCAGGAUGGCAUGGGCUGAAACAUGCGACAAACUCUGGAAAGCAGAUGCAGACCUCCGGAGGAUGCAAAGGGUAAGGGAGUCAACCUCCGAAAUGCUGAAGGUAUUAGAUACCCUCAUUGACUUCUUUGAGGACUCAAUACUCGGUGCCCAGUGUUCGGUGCUUGGUACUCAGUACUCAGGAUUUGGUACUCGGGCCUUGGUACUCGGGAUUUGGGAUUUGGGAUUCGGUCGUUGGUACUUUGACAUAUACACAAUAGCACAUAUGACAGUACACAUGGGGGCUGGAAGAUAUAUCACAUAUUACAGUGACCUAUCUCCGUAUAAUACGAGGGAACGGACAUGCAUAAUAUCCCGUAUGAUACGGGCCAGCGGACCAUGGGCCCAUGAUAACAAUAUCCUCGACUAUGACGGAUGGGCCGGGAGGGAAAUUAUUCCCGAUGGAGGCGGGUGGGCCCAUGCAGGGAAUAUAUAG